AAAAUCACGCACACAGUGUCUGCAGUGUCUUCACUGUGCAUUGCUCAUCAUUCCGCAUCAACCGUUUUUAUAUACUUGUAUUACUGAUAGCCCGAUGUGCUUGUGCGUUUAUGACGUUCACGUCAUACAGUAAAUGAUCAACAAGCAAAAAAAAGGUGUAAUAAGCUGCUGGUUGUGGCCGCCGAAGAAUUGGCAAGAUCGUGCUUCUCCCUUUUCUUUGAAUUACACGGACACUGUUGUAAUGAUUUUGCAAAAGAGUAAAGUCUGAUUGGUAAGGAUGGGACAUACAAGCGGAAUACUCUCCGGACUCAUUAUUCUAUUGACACUCCAUUGCACGACAUCAACUUAUUUCGGAGAUGAGAUCGCUGAGCAGGCCGACGAGCCUUCCCGAAUCAGCUGGCUCUUCUCCUCCAGAGUUGCAGCCAGAAGGAUCGAGAGAUCCGUACUGGAUGCCAGGAAGGAAUUCGAUGAUGAUAAUUCGCCAAAGAUUAUAAAUGGCAAGUGCCGUGAUAAGUUAAAUCGCCUCUGUGGAGACAUAAACAAGAAUAACGAUGAGCUUAUGCUUCUCGAGUGUAUCCAGACCUUCAAGCCCAACGAGAUAUCUGGAAUCGAUCAAAAGUGUCAGGAAGCAAUUUGGGUCUACAUACAAAAUAUUACAGCUAAUCAAAAUAUAGAGAGACUUGCUAGGAAAGCAUGCGGCAAUCAGCUGGACAACCUGCAGUGCUCUAGUUCUGGCACACUUCAUGGAGCGUAUCUGUCUUGCCUGAUCGAUAAGCGAGAGAUGGUCAGAGAUCCUGACUGCAUCACCUAUAUUCAGAGAUUGGAGUGGAUCGCCUUCAGUGACUUUAGAAUCUUGACUCCCUUUAAGACGGAUUGCGCGAAUGACAUCAAGAAGUUCAAGUGCGACAGCCUGCAGCCGUACAGAGACAUAUCGCAGGGUCAGAUACUGGCCUGCCUGCAGGAGCAUGUCGAGCAGCUGCAGCACGAGUGCAGGAGACACAUUCUCCACAUGUCUGAGAUUCAGGCUGAGAAUGUCAGACUGGAUCGUCAGUUAUUCAUGGCGUGCACUAAUGAUCACAUUAAAUUCUGCCCUAACAUUCGACCAGGUAGUGGCCAGGUCUAUAAGUGUUUGAUGCAACAUAAAACCGACAGAUCGAUGACCGCACAGUGCCAGGAACAAUUGACAAGAAGAGAGAAGCUCAUUGCUUCCGACUACAAGAUUAGUAAGGGCCUAGUCAAGGCGUGUAAAGAGGACAUUAGAAAUAAUCACUGCAGACGAUCCGUGUCUGAAGAUAAGGAGAUAAAACUGGCGCAGAUCUUGCUGUGCUUGGAGUCUGCCGUGAAGAACGGUAGCAAGAUCGAUGGUAAUUGCCAAGCGGAGAUGUUCGACCACAGAAAGCUACUGAUGGAAGAUUACAGACUGUCGCCAGAGAUCGUGGAUGGCUGUGCCAAUGACAUUACGACUUUUUGCAACAGUCUCGAAAUCGGCGGUGUUACGAUACACUGUCUGAUGGAGCAUACGAGAACGAGGAAGAAGAAGUCGAGGGUUUCGUCGAAGUGCCAAAGAGCGCUGGAGGAGUUAAUUUUGGAGGCCGAUGUCGGCGAAGAUUGGAGGAUUGAUCCGGUCCUAAGAGAACAGUGCCAACCUGUAGUUAAUUUAGCUUGCAGAGACGUACACGGUGGAGAUGCCAGAGUGAUAUCCUGCUUGAUGGAGCAGCUAGGAACGGAGAGGAUGACGGAGGCCUGUGAGACAGCCCUGGUGCAAAUACAGUACUUUAUCGCCAGGGACUUCAAACUUGAUCCGCAACUGUAUAAAGCGUGUAAAUUUGACGCCGUACGGUUGUGUCAUGGGAGAACUGCAUGGGCCAAUGAUGGCAAACAGAUGGAUCCCGAAACAGGACCCCUAGUGCUGCCGUGUUUAUAUCGGCACGCGUAUCAGAAGAAUAUGACAUUGAAAAUGGAUUGCCUGGAAGAGAUUAGGAGAGUCAUGAGACAGCGUGCUGUAAAUGUCGACUUACAACCUGAAAUAGAAGAAGUGUGCUUCAAUGAACUGGCAUCACUUUGUUACGAUAAAACUGCGAAGGGAGAAGAGAUCCUCUGCUUGCAAGAUAAUUUGGACAACUUGAACAAAAAGUGCAAGCUUGCUGUCGGAAACUUCACUGAGGAGCAAGCGGAGCGCGUCGAGCUGAAUCCCAUUAUCUCCUCCUCAUGUCAACACAUUAUGGAACUUUAUUGCGAGGAAGUACUAAAAAAUGGAAAGGACAGGGGAGAUAUGAUGGAAUGUCUCAUCGAACACAAGAACGAACUGGAUUCACGAACCGAUUACAAGUGUAAGGCAGCUGUGGAACACUUCCAACUGAUCUCUUUGAAGAAUUAUCAUUUCACGUACAAGUUUAAGGAGGCAUGCAGGCCUUACGUGAAGAGAUGGUGUCCCAAGUCGAAAACGAAAGCCGACGUGAUACAAUGCUUAAGUUCGAUCGUGCAGGAAGACAUAAUGAAGGACUCCCAGCAUCGUGUGCUGAGGGAGUGCAGACAGCAACUGCGAGCGCAGCUUUAUCAGCAACGAGAGAACAUCCACUUCGAUCCCGUUUUGCAAACCGCUUGCACGGCAGACAUCAAACAACUUUGCUUCAAUGUAGAACCGGGCAAUUCACAGGUAUUAGAGUGCCUGGCGUUGCACAAAUCUAAGCUGUCGGAUAUGUGUCACAGAGAAGUGUUCAUCGUGAGAAAACAAGAGUUUCAAGAUAGCUCUAGUGACGUUCCUCUACUGAGCACCUGUCGAGUCAUGAUCAGGCAGUAUUGUCACGACGUAAGCAAAUCGCAAGCUUUGGACUGCCUUAAGAGGUACAAAGACGAGCUCACGUUCGAUGAGAAAUGCAAGAACAUGGUGAUCCAAAGAAUGAUCGAGCAGAAUACAGACUACAGAUUCAACAACGCGUUGCAAAGUUCAUGUGGCAAUGACAUCAUCAGGCACUGCAAGGAAAUUUUGGUACAUGAACGUACCGACAAAGAACUUGAAGGGAAAGUCAUCAGGUGUUUGAAAAUAAGAUUUCGGGAAUCUAAAUUGACGACAAAGUGUGAGCACCAAAUGGCUAACAUUCUCAGAGAAGCUGCUCUGAAUUAUCAUUUAAAUCCAUUAUUGGCGACAAUGUGUGCACACGAGAUUGAAACCAUUUGCCGGUCAGAUGACAAUGAACCCGGUACUGUCGAGGAGUGUCUCAAGAGCAAGUUCAAUGCCGGGAAUCGGGACAUGAAAGAAGAGUGUCGUUUGGAAGUCGCUGAUCUGAUAGAGCAGACGAAGGCAGACAUCAAUGUGGACCCUUUGCUUCAGAAAGCUUGUGCCGUGGAUGUCAGCAAGUAUUGCAGUGCUGUACCCCAAGGCGCGGGAAGACAUAUAAUGUGUUUGCAAAAUGCGUUAGAAGAUACUAACAAGUCCUUGCAACCGGAUUGCUUUAAAAUGCUGACCACGAGAAUGGAAAUGUUUAGAAAUGCUGCCAAGUUAAUCGCGCCAAACACAAUCGAGGAAUUGUACUCGUCGGUGAAUCGCUCUCCAGCGCGCCGUUAUUUCAUGAUCGUCGGGUUCACUAUGAUCGGGAUCAUUUUCAUCGUCGGAAUGUUUUGCGGCCGCGUGACCAGGCGAACGAUGAUCAUGAAGAAGAAGUGACGACGUCGCCAGGGCCCGUCCACUAGCAAAAUGACUCUCGUAAAAUCGAGCACGGUCGAGAGGCUGUAAAAAAACGUAAAACUGUAACAUAUGUUGAGAACGUAUGCGUGCACGGCGCGACGCGAGAUGCACACUUCUGAUAUUACUUUAUGAUAAAUAAGUUUAUGACAAACAGUUCUUAUUUAUCAUGAAGGAAUUUACGGUAUAAAUAAGAUACUCGAUCCUUUUUAUAUCUUCGUUUACGAAGUUUUUAAGCUGUAACUCUUCGUAUUUGUAAUAAUUGAAAAUGACACGAGAUUCUCGAGGUGUUAAGUAGGUGUUCUUUACGGCUAUUAAGCACACGUGGUAUUUUGCAGAUAUUACAGUAAUUGUAAAGCAUCUACGAAGACACGAGUAUUCACGGGUUUAAAAACGUGAGGAUUUAAAUAUUAGAAAUAUAGUAUCAUGAUUUGUGCAAGAGGCGUGCACAAUGUGUUUUAUGGGAAACCAUGUACGGAGUCCGUUAUAAACUUCAAGAAUAUUUUUACGUUUGCAUAAAGAAUGUUCUCGAAGUUUAUCGCAACGGAAAGCAAUGUAUGUUAUUUAAUUACGAUAUUAUAUUUUACUAGAAACUAGGAUUUAUUCAUUACGCUAGAGAGAGUAAUAUUACAUUAAUUCCGAGUAGCAUUAAUUCAAUGAAUUUGUUAAAACUUCUUUUCUUUAAGAGAUAUUUUUAAUUACCUUCCUAUAAUUUACAUUCACUAUCAUUUUAUUGUUUUCUUAUUAUCGUUUUGCCGAAAUAACUGACAAAAAAACAUUAAUUUCCCUUGUUCAUUUCUUGUUAAGAAACGAAAUGAAAUGGGGAAUUCUUCGUUUUGAUAGAAAAAAAAGUAUCGGAGAAAUGCCAAUUCUGAAACUAUGCCGUUUGUGAUACGAAUGUCGAUGCCUGAAUGUAGCUCUGAUUCAUAAAAAGCAAAAAACCGUAUGCGGGCUCGCAGGAGCAAAAGUCACAAGUACAUACAUCCAGUUAUUCGCGAGGUACGGUAUUCCAUUUCCUUUCCCUGGGGCUCGUUCAACCCGUGCAAUGCAAUUUUGAAGCGAGCGAGAGCGUGCACGAGGGCUCCUCGUGGAAUAAUUCUCGAAUAACUGGGGAGGUGACUGCGAUGUGCACGGGUCGAUUAUUCCUGAGGGACACUCGAAGCCGCGCUGCAGGAAUACGGAUUCGGCAUACGGUGAAAAUGAGAAGCGGGUGGUGCGAAGAGCGAGAUGCAUUUACAGAGCGUAAUUCAAUGUCUAAGUUUUCUGUACGUUUGUGAUAUAAAGAUUCAUGAGGAGAACGAAUAAAGUGUCUACAAUUAAUUCAGAUCUAAAAACUGCACACACGAGGCACUAGCUACGUGAGUCUUCCAUCUUCAUACUCGAGUCCCUCGCCACCUCGUUGAAGGUAUAUAGGCGCCACACAAUAGCUGCAUCCUCUGUUGAUCGCGAAAAGGUCCGAGCUAAGAGAACAUUUCAGUUAAUAUUCUCUAAACGUUGCUUCAACGGGAAAUUCUAUCGAAACCAUGACGCAUGCUUUAUUUAAGCAACAAGGGAGAGAUUAUACCCUUAGAAUUUCGUUUAGAAUAGUCUUCUGUAAGAUUGUAUUUACUCGUAAGGAGAAAUUGAUGACCAUAUCACCCACCAGGAAUUUAUACCAAAAAGGAGACAAUAACAUGUAGACCCUAUAUGAAUAAAACAUUAACAUGA